AUCUUUCCAAAUCCGCAUUCUUCUCUUCCUCUCCUCUCCUUCCUUCAUCCCCGCGACUCUGCGUUUCUGGGCAUUCGAUUCUUGUCGAUCUUGGUUCUGAAAUCUCCUCUCGGAUUGCAACAUGACGGAUGAAUCGUCCAUUCCAGACUUCAAGAACCUGUCCUUAACCAGUAAUGGAAAAGCUGCAGACAAGAGUCAGCAUCUAGUUGUAUGUUUUGGGGAGAUGUUGAUCGACUUUGUUCCAACGGUCGGUGGAGUUUCUCUUGCUGAAGCUCCGGCCUUCCAAAAAGCUCCUGGUGGUGCACCUGCUAAUGUUGCUGUUUGUGUUUCUAAGUUGGGUGGUUCUUCUGCAUUUAUUGGCAAGGUGGGCGACGACGAGUUUGGGCGAAUGCUGGAUGGUAUACUGGAACAGCACAAAGUUGACAACUCGGGCGUGAGGUUUGACCAAAAUGCAAGAACUGCACUUGCAUUUGUGACUCUAACUGCAGAGGGCGAAAGGGAAUUUCUCUUCUUCCGAAAUCCAAGUGCAGAUAUGCUUCUUCAUGAGUCAGAACUGGACAUUGAUCUCAUAAAGAAGUCUGCCAUUUUCCACUACGGUUCCAUCAGUUUGAUCGACGAACCCUGCAGAUCAACACACCUUGCUGCAAUGGCUGCUGCCAAAAAAUCCGGCUCUCUACUCUCUUAUGAUCCCAACUUAAGGCUGCCUCUGUGGCCUUCAGAAGAAGCUGCCCGAAGUGGGAUUAUGAGUAUAUGGGAUGAAGCAGACAUCAUAAAGAUAAGCGAGGAAGAAAUUUCAUUUCUCACUGGAGGAGACGAUCCAUAUGAUGAUGAUGUGGUGAUGAAGAAGCUCUUUCAUCCUAAUCUCCUUCUCCUCAUUGUUACAGAAGGGUCUGCAGGUUGCAGAUACUACACAAAGGAAUUUAAGGGAAGAGUGAAUAGUAUUGAAGUAAAAGCAGUAGAUACAACUGGGGCUGGAGAUUCAUUUGUGGGAGGGUUACUCACAAAUUUAGCUUCUGACAUUACCCUCUAUCAGGACGAGAGGCGAUUAAGAGAAGCACUGUUCUUUGCUAAUGCCUGUGCUGCACUCACGGUAACCCAACGGGGAGCCAUACCUGCCCUACCCACUAAAGACGCGAUCUCGCGCUUUAUCUCAGAGGCAUCUGUUACUAACCAUGGUUAGUUAACCAUACCUGAUAGUCUGUGGGGGCAUGGAAGACAAUUGUGGUCUUGUUUGCAAGUAUAGUAGUGUGUGUACCAUUUGGAAGUCAAUCAAUUUCAUGCAUGCAUCAACAUACAUUGUAGUACAGUAAUUCUUUU